AUGCCACCUGCCACAACCACCAUAUUCGAAAAAUUUGAUUUUUAUUCUCUCGUCUCUCCACAAGGACAAAUCAAAACUAUUUGUUCUGUGAUCGAAGAUCAUGAUUUUAUAUUUGUCGGAUUGGGAGAUGGACGAGUAGUCAUUUACAAAAUGAAACUCGAUCAAUUCUCAGCCAUCGAAGCCGAGAAGUGUGUGUCAUUGAAUAUUGACAAGGCACCCAUCGAAGACAUUCAAGUCGAUCAAAAAAACAAACUUGUUUUUGUGUUAAAUGAAGAACAUAAUUUAUAUGUUUUUGGUUAUGAUCCAAAACGUCCAACACAACAAGAUUUCCUUGAAAGAAAAGCCGAAUUGAGAGAUAAACAAAUUGCUUGUAUUGCAGUAGAUAAGAGAAAUGAAAAUCAAAGAUUGAUUGUCACUUAUCGAUCUGGUAAAUUGAGAGGAAAGGCAACUAUAUUUUCUUACAAGGAAUUGAUUGAAGAUGGAUCACAAGAAAUGACAGAAAUCAAAACCGUUGAUAUUGAAGAUUCCAAUCAAUUUACAAGCAUUCAUGAAAUUUUAUUUGUUGACACUUACUUUGUGUGUCUAUUUUGUAAGGGAGCCAAAUCCAGAGAAGUCAUGUAUUACAAGAGAUUUAAUCUCAAUGUUUCACCUCUGAGAAAGUUCAUUUCAUGUCUUGCCAUUGUCACAAAAGAAAGUGAUGCUGAUGAAAUUCGAGGAACCAAAGGUGUCUAUAUUAAGAAUAGUAUGAUACAUCUCGAAGGAAAGACAGCUCUCUUUCGAAGUGGUUUGAAAAUAUGGAGACCUUGUUAUUUGGAUGGUGAAAAGUAUUAUGUGAGAAAUACUUCAUCGAAUAUAUAUAUUCCUGCAGGAAUUCAUGAGACGACAACAACGACAACGACCACCAUGUUGAGUGGUCACACACUUUCAGCAACAACAAGUGUGAACCCGAACACCGCCAUCAACAACACAACCAUCAAUACCAUCAAUAAUAACAACAACAACAACAACAUGAAUACCACCAACUCGAACAUCAUGAGUCACCAUGGUGGUCUGGACUUCUCCUCCUCUUUGGAAGAGGAAUUUAACACGGAUAGAACCAACACUUCCAUUCCCAUGAAAGAAGAAUUUAAAUAUGCCUAUGUGAAUACAGGUGGUGCAGAACCAUUGAGUGUCUGUUUGUGCUUUCCCUAUGUUGCAUGUCUCAUGAAUGACAGUUUGGAUAUUUAUAACUUGUAUUGGAGAGAGAGUUCUUCUUCGAAUGCCUCCAAUAGCAACUCCAACAACAACACGAAUAACAACACCUCUCUGACUGCCAUCAACAACAGCACCACCAAAACCACCAUGCAAGCCAAAAAAGUGUACUCUCUCCCUAAUAAUAGAGAUAGCACUACCAUCUUUGCAGAUGAACAUCGAUUCUAUGUGGUGACUGAGAAUUCAAAUGCCAUUCGUUACUUGUCUCCUCCCAAUACUGAAGUUCAAUUGAGAACUUUGAGAGAGGAAUUAUUAUCUCCACAAGCUCAUCACUUGUUCAAAAUGAAACAAGAUAAGAAUAGUGAAGAAUUUAGAAAGGAAUUGAUGGAAUUUCAAUUUGCAAAUGGUAAAGCGAAUUUAGAGAGAGGUCGUCCCAAAGAAGCUUUUCGAUUCUUUCUUGAAUCGAUGAAACAAUCCAAAUAUUUACCAAUUGAUGAUCGAAAGGACAUUCGUGAAAUUUUGAGAUAUUUCAUGUAUUACAGUGGUUCUUCACAUUCACAAUUUAGUUUAAUUCCACCAAAUUUCUUUCCUUCAUCCAUCUCUUCAGAACCUAUUCGUGAGAAAUUAACGCAAAAUUUCAAACAAAAGAAAAUUAGAAUUGGUGUGGAUGAGAGUAUUGUGUUGAAUGAGAUGAAAAUGAAUUUUGGAGAUCAUUUCAUUAAUUUACUCAUUCACAAGACAUACAUGUACUUGAUGGAAUUUUUAGAAAUUGUUCACUCGAAUCCAAGAUACAAACCUGAUUUCCUAGAUCAACAAGCUGCUGUUGAGUAUACUUUAUUAGCUCUCUAUUCAUUACCUCAUCCUGAUAUGGUUUCUAAAGAAUUUGAAGAUUCUGAUCGAAAAUCUCUCGCUUACUAUCACCAAUCGUGUUACACGAGUAUUGAAAAAGUGGUCAAGAGAAAACAUGAACCUGGAUUUGAAAAAUAUAUUGAACAAUUAUUCAAGGUAUUGAUCGAUACCAAGUGUUGGAGACAUGCUGCACUAUUGGCUCACAAUUUGGGACAAUCCACUCAACAAGUGAUGAAUAUUUUCAAAACCAACAUUUCUCGUGACAUUUAUUAUGAUCAAUUUGAUGGUGUGGAUGAUGUGGUUGAAAUUUUGAGUCAAAUGGAUGGUAAUACUCUCUUACAAAAUCCUUCCAUAAGAGAAUUCAUUUCAUGGGUCAUUUCAUUGAAUCCAAGUAAGAGUGUGAAAAUUUUCACAGCACCCAGAGCCAAUCCUCCAAUUCCUGAUUUGGUAUUAGAAUUUUUAAACCCAUUUCCACUCAACAUGACCGUUCAAUAUCUACAUCAUAUUAUUUAUGAAACAAAAGGACAAGGUAUUUCAGAUCGAGAUUUGAAUCGAUAUCAUACCGAUUAUGCUCUCUCAUUGAUUGAUUAUGUCACUCUCAUUUAUCCCAACAAUUUAGACAAGAAAUUAGCACCACCAGCAGGAACAGAACAAGGUGAUGUUGGAAAAUAUAGAUCCUAUCUAUUGAAACACAUCAAAGAAAGUAGUCGAUACAAUAAGGAAGCCGUGGAUAAAAAACUCCAAACGACCAAUUUGAAUGAAGAAAAGAUUUCACUCUUCCAUGUGAUGGGUAAACAUGAUGAAGCAUUGACCGUUCUUGUCAAGACAGAUCUUAAAAGAGCUGAAGAAUAUUGUGACACUGUUUUUGAAGAAGAACAAAAAUCUUCAGUUUUACUUUCAAAGAGUGGAAAUCAAUCCAGUACUUACAAUCCAUAUUUAAUUCGAUUGAUUGAAAUUACAACCAAUCCAACUUUAUUUGAUGAAUAUGAUGAAGAGAGUGCAUUGCGUCGAAUGAUGAGUGUAUUAAGUUUACUUCAACGAAGAGCUUCAGAUAUUAAUAUUAUUGAUGUUCUUUCAGUUCUUCCUGAACAUGGUGAAUUGAAACAAUUAUCCACAUUUUUAACACAAGCCAUUCAAUUCACACAUCAUAACAAUCGAACGACUCUCAUCAAGAAUGAAUUGGCAAGAAACGCAUCCAUGCAAGUGAAAGCAAGACAUGUGAAAGCCACAACUCGAUCGGUCACUGUCACAUCCACCACUUCAUGUCCUGUGUGUGAACAACCCAUUGGUAAUGCAGUGUUUGCUGUCUUUCCUGAUCAAUCCGUUGUACAUUAUCGGUGUUUGUUGAGUAAUGAAGAUGAAAAGAAGGAAAAGAAUAAGAAUGUUCAUCCAAAGAAUGGAAUUGAUUUUAAAAAGUUUCCAGUGGAUUUUUAA